AUGGCACAUGGUAUAAUUAAAUGGCCAAGCAAAGCAGCCUCAGAAAUAACAGUGGAAUGCACUUUAACAAAGGAUAUGAAAGAUUGUCGAAAAUUGGCAAAAACAUGGAAGAAACAUAUGGCAGAUGUUAUAAAUAAGUUGCUGGAAAUCCUUCACGUGGAGACCAUUAGCCUUCUGCAGGAAGCGUGGCAGAUGGUUUUUGAUGAAAUUAGAAAACUAAAUAAUCCAAAUUCUAACAAAGUAAGAUUUGUUAAAGACAAACGCAGUUGUAACAUUGCUAUUGUGGGCUAUCCAAAUCACGUUGGAGAGGUAAAAAAAGAUGUUGAACUGAUCAAGUCUAGAGUUGUUAAUGAGAUUGAGAGGAAAAAGAACCAAUUGAUUGAAAUAGUGAAGUUGAAACACUAUGAGGUUCUCCUUUUGAUUAAAGAUCAUUUUAAAGAAACGACAGAAAGCACCUUUCCAAAUAUUAAAGUUACUAUCGAUGAGAAUGAUGAAACUUUGAUCUUAGAUGGUCUUUAUUCAGAUGUCAAACAAGCAAAAACGUCAGUGUCUGAAAAAUGUCAGCAGAUAUGCCAUGCUUCAGCGGGAAAGUUUUCAAAAAACAGACAAGAAUUUUUAAGCAGGAAUGAAGUUUCUGAACGAAUAUUAGAGGAACUGAAUAAUAAGAAAAUUAUGAGCUGCUUUAAUAUUAAAAAUGACGAAUUAAUAUGUUAUGCUUUCACUGAUGAUCAAGCAGUUGAAGCAGCCCAUUUGAUAAAGAAGAACAUUGUGGAGUCCCCCAUUGAUGUAGAGCCUGACUCUGUAGAUCUCUUAACCUCCGAUAAAUGGAUCAAAGAAGUAAACAGUUUAAAAAGUUCCAAAACGUUUGGGGGAUUUCUACAUAUAAUCACACUGGUUGACCUUAGAAAAAUUAUCAUUGUAACAUUGAAUGAGCAUCUGGGUCUUGCAAGAGAAUUGAUAGAGAAUUUCUUUUCUAACAAUUCCAUUCUGAGUGAUAUGAUGGAAAUUCCUUCAGGUUUUUUGAAAGUUUUAGACCACUAUUCUAAAGAAAUCAUUAAAGAAAUCUGUGAAGAUUUGAAAGAACAACAAGUUCAGAUAACGAAAACUGGAAACAAAAUCAAUAUUAAUGGAACAAAAACAGGAAUUGAUCAAGUCAAAAUGAGGAUAGAAGAUAUGCUAAAGAAUAUCCAUAGGAAAAAACACAAAAUAGAUAGACCUGGAAUCGCUAAAUACUUGAAAAAAUUAACCGAGAAAAUCGCUUUUGUUGAAAAGAACCACAAAUGCUUUAUUCAAAUUGACGAGGAGGGGCCUACACAAUUGACUGACUGUUUAGCUUCUGCUUCCGAUUCAAUAGGAAGAAAUAGACCUUUCAUAAUAAACGAAACAGAGUAUGAGACGAAAGCAGGUGUCAUUAUAAAAGUGUUUGUUGGGGACAUGACCACUCUUCCCGUAGACGUGAUUGUUAAUGCUUCAAAUCAAGACCUUCAUCAUCAGGGUGGGCUAGCUGGUGCCAUUGUUUCGAGAGGUGGUGAAUACAUUCAACAAGAGUAUUUAGACUAUAUAGGAAGAAAUGGAAAGCUCAACGAGGGAGAUACCUUUUGUUCAAAAGCGGGUUGCCUGCCCUGUAAAAUGAUUGUUCAUGUUUGUGGACCAGUUUGGGCAGGUGGAAAUAAUCAAGAAAGCAGCUCUCUUACAGAUUGUGUGGUAUCAGCUUUGGAACAAGCAGAAUCAAGGGGCUACAAUUCCAUUGCAAUACCUGGCCUUUGCACUGGUAUAUUUGGUUAUCCAAUUAAUCAAGCUACUUCUGUCAUAGUUAAAGCAGUGAAAUCACACAUUAGUUACGAAAGAGGAUCCAGUAUUGAGGAAAUAAUUUUAUGUGAUGUUAGAGAAGACACGAUUAAAUAUUUCAAUGAGGCUGUGAAACAAGAGUUUAAAGGGAAACUCAAAAAUGGAGAUGACCAUAAACCUGCAGAUCUCCAAGCUAGCAAGGACAGACGAAUUCAGUCACAAGUUGCAGAGUUUACAGUAGGUGGAGUUUGUGUCAGAUUAUUGAAAGACCGAAUUGCUAACGCAGAGGUGGAUGUCAUUGUAAAUACAACAGCAAAAGAUUUAAGACUGAAUCAAGGAGGAGUAUCAGCUUCGAUCGUAAAAAUGGGGGGCAUUGACAUCCAGCAAGAGUGUAAGUCUAAAUACCCUCGAGGCAUCGAGUUCGGAGAGAUUGCAGUAACUGGUGGGGGAAACUUGUAUUGCAGAUUUCUAUUCCAUGGGGCCCUACCAGGCUGGGACAAAAACUCGGAAGAUAAUUCCAGAAAGGUGCUGCAAAAGUUUAUGCAAAACUGUUUAUCAGAGGCGCAAAAAAGGUCGAUGUCUAGCAUUGCUUUUCCUGCCCUAGGAACUGGUUUACUCAAUUAUCCGAUAGAUAGGGUUGCAGAGGAAAUGUGUAAUGCCAUUGUCAAUUUCUCUAAAGAUAAUCCAAAUACUUCUUUGGAAAAUGUGGCAUUUGUUAUUCAUGAGAAAGACACAGCUAUAAUUCAGUUUGGUAGCAUUUCGGGGGAGAAGGGCAGAGAAUUGCAUCAUUCUAAAGAAGAAAUAAAUUAG